GUUCCAGAGCAAAGGUCACUCAGUUACUUGAAUCCUUUUUUUUUUCCUUCCCCUGCUUUGCUUACCAUAUAAGGAAGGCCAGCACUGCAAAGUGGAAAAUACCUCUGUUAUCUUCCUCUCCAUUUCAACAAACAGUUCCGUGAACCUGAACAUUCUGUGAAAGAUGGCUGGGAAUGCAAUCUUGCUGGCUGCUGUCUCUGUCCUCUCCACCUGUCAGCAAAGUUAUUUUGCUUUGCAGGUAGGAAAGGCAAGAUUAAAAUACAAAGUUACACCCCCAGCAGUUUCUGGAUCACCAGAGUUUGAUAGAAUAUUUCGGGCACAACAGAACUGUGUGGAGUUUUAUCCCAUAUUCAUGAUUACAUUGUGGAUGGCUGGAUGGUAUUUCAAUCAAGUGUUUGCUACUUGUCUGGGUCUGGUGUACAUAUAUGCCCGUCACCAGUAUUUCUGGGGAUAUUCAGAAGCAGCUAAAAAGAGGAUCAUGGGUUUCCGGUUGAGCCUGGGGAUUUUGGCCUUGUUGACAGUCCUAGGUGCCCUGGGGAUUGCAAACAGCUUCCUGGAUGAAUACCUGGACCUCAAUGUUGCCAAGAAACUGAGGCACUUCUAACUUUUCCCCCUCCCUUUGCACAAAUGCUUGCAGAAGCUCUUUCCACUCUGAAGGUUAUGUGGAGUCACUUGUUCAACUUUUAAAAAUAAAAGUAUUUUGUUUUUCUUGAAA